UUUGAGCUCUGCUCCGUACCUAACUAUAGAUGAAUAGAUAUUGUACAUGUUCUGAUUGCUGUAAUAUCUAAUUAGGCCGUGACCGAUGAUGAUUGUAUUAUGGUUGCAUAGGUGAUACAGAAAACUUCUUUUUUGUUUUAUUAACUAAUUUUUUGAAAUAGGAAUCCAUGAGACGAACGCAUAACAUCGGCUGCUGUCAUUCUGCUUCACAUCAGUUUAGAGAUGAUCCUCCACCUGAACUUAGAAGUGAAUAUUGUGGAAGUGCAAGCAAAACUGAAGAACUUUCCAAGAAACAUGAAGAACUAUCCGAAUCUGCAAAAUGCGUAUCUAAAACCAUUGCGCUCCUAGAAUCUGUCGAAAAGGUUGCCGAAGGUGGUUGCUCUAUAGGUUUGAGUAUGCCUUCGCUAGAAAUAUCGAGCCAUGAUCUGCAUCGUUCAGAGGAGCAACUUGAACAAUUUUCUGGCGAAGGUUGUAGUAGAAACAUAACACAAGCUUCGUUCGCUGAACUUUUUGAAAAAGUUACUGAAGAUUAUUAUCGCUCUGCGAAGUUGUUCAGGCUUCCCCUAGAAAUAUCGAGCGACGAUCAUCAUAAUUCGGAGGAACAACUUGAACAGUUUUCUGAUGGAGUUGCACUUGUAGAAACUGCUCAAAAUAUUGCCAAAGAUGCUCCCAACACAAACAUUGCACCGAUUGAAACUUCCACGAACACUCAUAUUGCUGAAAAUGCUUCCAAUACAAAUUUCAUCACGCUCGUACCUUGCGUAGAAGACCCGAACAACAUCCUUUAUAAUGCGGAUGCACCACCUGCACAAUAUUUUCAAGAUCCCACCCCAAAAGAUUCACAAAGCUGUUUCUCUGAUCCGAUGAAACCGACCAAUGACGUAUACUUGAUCACACUCAACGGACAGUUUGUUAAAGCACAUGAUGGGCAAACACUAUGGAUUGAACAAGCACAAGCGACAACCCAACACCCACAUUGUAGCGAUGAGCUAAAUGUGUGCCAGCGCAAUGAGCAGGCAGCCGAUUCUUCAGCUGAGUGCUCAAUACGCCGAGAAAAUGGUGGCGAAGGCUGGAUUUCUCGCUCUGUGGAAAUGAAAAAAGAACUUCCUAGCGUAGCUACCAUGAUAGAAACCUCGGACAAAGUUCCAAAAAAGGUACCUGCGGAAAAGAAAAAAGAACUUCCCAGUGUAGCUACUAUGAUAGAAACCUUGGACAGUGUUCCAAAAAAGGUACGAGGAGUAUUGAUGCAAGAUUCACCUUCACACUGUUGCGAUUUUUGUGAUGCAACGUUUUCUGAUGAACAUGCUCGGACAAGACACCAGGGAGAACAUAUUUUGAAGCUGUAUCACUGCCGAAAGUGUGGUAAACAGUUUCCUUUCAAAUCCUUCCUCAUGAAACAUCAAGCAACUCAUAGUGAAGAGAGACCCUACAAAUGCGGUAUUUGUGACAGACGAUACAAAUACGCUGAAACUAAAUUGCAUCAUGAACGAUAUGUGCAUAAGGUAGUCGCUUGUUUUGAGUGUUCUGUUUGCGGGGAAAAGUUUCUCUAUGAGCAGUCUCUCAUUAGCCACCUGCGAAUUCAUUCUUCAAGUGGGUGCUCAAAACGCCAAGAAAAUGGUGGUAGGGGCCGGAUUUCUCGCUCUGUGGAAAAGAAAAAAGGACUUCCUAGCGUAGCUACCAUGACAGAAAACUGGGACAAAGUUCCAAAAAAGGUGCCUGCGGAAAAGAAAAAAGAACUUCUUAGCAUAGCUCACAUGAUAGAAACCUCGGACAAAGUUCCAAAAAAGGAACCUGCGAAAAAGAAAAAUGAACUUCCUAAUGCAGCUACCAUGACAAAAACCUCGGACAAAGUUCCAAAAAAGAUACCUGCGGAAAAGAAAAAAGAACUUCGUAAUGUAGCUACCAUGACAGAAACCUCGGACAAAUUUCCAAAAAAGGUACCUGUGAAAAAGAAAAAAGAACUUCCUAAUGCAGCUACCAUGACAAAAACCUCGGACCAAGUUCCAAAAAAGAUACCUGCGGAAAAGAAAAAAGAACUUCUUAGCAUAGCUCCCAUGAUAGAAACCUCAUCGGACAAAGUUCCAAAAAAGGUACCUGCAAAAAAGAAAAAAGAACUUCUUAGCAUAGCUCCUAUGAUAGAAACCUCGCACAGUGUUCCAAAAAAGGUACAAGGAGUAUUGAUGCAACAUUUGCCUCCUUACUGUUGCAAUAUUUGUGAUGAAACGUUUUCCGAUAAAUGUUAUUGGAUGAAACACCAGCAAGACCAUUUAAAGAAGUUUCGCUGCAUAAAAUGUAAAAAAUGGUUUGCUAGAAAACAUCACCUCAUUAAACAUCAAACCACUCACAGUGAAAAUAGACCCCACAAAUGCGGUAUUUGUGACAAACGAUUCAAAUACGCUGAAACUAAAUUAAAGCAUGAACGAUUUAUGCAUAUGGAAGUCGCUUGUUGUGAGUGUGCUGCUUGCGGGAAAAUGUUUCCCAAUAAAGAUUCUCUCAUUUGCCACCUGCGAGUUCAUUCUGGUCAAAAACUGUUCCAUAGCCAAACCAGUGGUACAAUCUUUCCUACGAAAUCAAAUCGUAUUAGAAAUCAAGGGGUGCAUAGUAAAGAAAAAAGCUUGAAAUGCCGCAUAUGCAACCAGCUAUUCAAAUACCAAUAUAAUAAGGCAUGGCACGAACGUUUACAUGUGGAGGGUCCUCGUUUUGAAUGUACCUUAUGUGGCAAGAAAUAUCGCCAAAAACAUGGUCUAACCUAUCACAUAUCCAAACAGGUUUGCAAUAAGUCACCGAAGGAAUAUUUACACGCGGAGGGUCCUCGUUUUGAAUGCGCCGUAUGUGGCAAGAAAUAUCGCCAGAAACAUGAUCUAGCCAAACAUUUAUCCAAACAGGUUUGCAGUAAGUCAGCGCAGGAACGUUUACAUGUGGAAGGUCCUAGUUUUGAAUGCACCUUAUGUGGCAAGAAAUAUCGCCAAAAACAUGGUCUAACCUAUCACAUAUCCAAACAGGUUUGCACUAAGUCAGCGCAGGAAUGUUUACACGCGGAGGGUCCUCGUUUUGAAUGCGCCAUAUGUGGCAAGAAAUAUCGUGAGAAACGUAAUCUAGCCAAACACUUAUCCAAACAGGUUUGCAGUAAGUCAGCGCAGGAACGUUUACAUGUGGAGGGUAUCCGUUUCGAAACCGCCUUAAGCGGCAAGAAAUAUCGCCGGAAAAACGAUCUAGCCUGUCACAUACUCAAACAAAAAGAUGGUAAAUGUGAUUGGGUGAGACAUCAGCAAAAACAUUCGAAGCAGUUUCACUGUCAAAAGUGUGGCAAACAUUAUGCUUUCAAAUCCCGCCUCAUUAGACAUCAGAGUAAACAUAGUGAAAAGAGACCCUACAAAUGUGACAUUUGUGGCACAAGAUUCAAGCACAACAACACUAAAUUACGUCACGAACGCUAUACUCAUUCGGAAGUCACUUGUUUUGAGUGUGCUGUUUGCGGGAAAAAGUUUAACCAUAAAAGUUCCAUCAUUCUCCACCUGCGAGUGCAUUCUGGUCAAAAACCAUUUCAUUGCCAAACCUGUGGUACAAGAUUUUGUAUGAAAAUAGAUCUUGUUAGACAUCAAAAUGUGCAUAGUGAAGAAAAAAAAUUCAAAUGCCGCGUAUGCGACAAGCUAUUCAAAUACCAUCGAUCUAAGACAAGGCAUGAACGCUUACAUGUGGAGGAUCCUCGUUUUGAAUGCGCUUUAUGCGGCAAGAAAUAUCGCCAGAAACAUGGUCUAGCCUAUCACAUAUUAUUCAAUCACAAAGACUGUAAAGUGAUGCAUGAACCUUUACUUGUGAAGAUCCCUCGAUGCCCUCGUUUUGAAUGCGUCUUCUGCGGUAAGAAAUUUCGCCAGAAAGAGGGUCUAGCCUAUCACACAUCCAAACAGGUUUGCAGUAAGUCAGCACAGGAACAUUUACAUGUGAAGGGCCCUCGUUUUGAAUGCGCCCUAUGCGGCAAGAAAUAUCGCAAGAAAUAUGGUCUUGCCUAUCAUAUAUCACAUAAUUGCAGUUAGAUUUCAAUAAUCUGUAUCAACAUUUGUACAGAUUCAAAUUCGGAUUUUUAUUUGUGUUUUGUGUUUUUCAGUUCUUGUUUAGCGUUGGCAAAAGAGUGGAAAAAUUGUUUCCAAUUUUUUGUAUAUUGCUGUGUUAGACAUAUGUAUUUGUAUGUGCUCUUAUUUUAGGUACUUGUUUCUUUCGUUUUUACCUAUACAUAAUACCUACAGUAAUUUUUGGCAGAUUAUAUUCCACUUCAAUGGC